AUGUUGCCCGGGCUGGCGCGGCACGCCGCCAGUGUGGGCAGGCGCAGCACCACCUCCAGGCACGUCGGCGGGCGGGAGGGGGCGAGGCGGGCUGGGCUGCCGGCGUCGGGCACGUCGAUCCCCAUCGCCACGUCGCCCGCCGCCGCCUCGCCGUCCACGCCUGCCGGCGCCUCGCUCCCCUCCGCCUCGCCCACGCCCUCGCCCAGGAACACGCGGUCCAGGUCCAGCACACGCACUUCGGCCAGCGCACACACGACGUCCUCCACGCGGCGUCGUGCCAGGUAA